GCCUUAACUGAAGCCUACGUAUGGAAGGCCAGAUAUGGUUCCUGCCGCGGUCCCUGGAACUCAGCAGCUUUCAGGCUUAUAAGCUGAGAGUGACUCACCUCUAUCAGUUGAAGCAGCACAGCGUCUUGGUUUCCUUUGGGAAAGAUGAAGAAGGUAUUAAUCCUUUGGUCAAAGUUUGGAAUCUAGAGAAACGUGAUGGUGGGAAUCCUCUGUGUACUAGGAUAUUCCCUGCAAUACCAGGCAACAAGCCCACGGUUGUGUCCUGUCUCACAGUCCAUGAGAAUCUGAACUUCAUGGCUAUUGGCUUCACAGAUGGGAGCGUUGUGCUUACAAAAGGAGACAUAACACGAGAUCGGCACAGUAAGACUCAGACCCUUCAUGAAGGCAGUUAUCCAGUUACCGGCCUUGCCUUCCGUCAGUCUGGCAAAACAACACAUCUGUUUGUUGCUACCACUGAGAGCAUCCAGUGCUACAUACUUUCUGUGAAGGAUUAUCCGCGACAGGAAUUGGAUAUUCGUGGCUGUGGGCUGCGCUGCUCUACCCUGAGUGACCCCUCCCAGGACCUCCAGUUUAUUGUAGCAGGGGAUGAGUGUGUGUAUCUGUAUCAGCCUGAUGAGCGUGGGCCAUGUUUUGCUUUCGAGGGGCAGAAGCUUAUUGCCCAUUGGUAUCGGGGCUACCUUGUCAUUGUGUCCAAGGACCGGAAGACCUCUCCAAAGUCUGACUUUGCUGCGGGUGACCCACAAAAUUCUGACAAGCAAAUCCUGAAUGUUUAUGAUCUCAGCAACAAGUUCAUCGCUUACAGCUCAGUCUUUGAUGACGUGGUAGACGUCCUGGCUGAAUGGGGAUGCCUCUAUGUGCUGACUAGAGAUGGCAAGCUCCAUGCGUUGCAGGAGAAGGAUACACAGACCAAACUGGAGGCAAGGGGGCUCAUGGCAAAAGUGUCUGGGGCUUGCUGCUUCUGGCAGGAGCUGUGGGCUGGAACCUCCAUUCAGAGGCCUGGCACUCCAGUACCCCACCGGGAGUUAUCAAGGGGUAUGGUGCAGGCCAUCUGA